AUGCCUUCGUGGUGGGACUAUUUGCACAUUAAUCGACAGUACAACAAUAAAAGGAAUCUUGAGGAGGGUCUGUUCCAGAUCGCGUCGCAAACUUGUAAUAUUUUGGUGAAAGUAAACAACACCAACAAUAUUAAUUUGACAAGAAAUAACAGGAGUGAUGAGUACGGAUGCGCUGGACCUCCUCCAAAACCAAAGAGCUCUAUGCAGAUCUGCGUCCCGAAGUUCAGGAAAAACUCUAUAACUUCGGGAUGUAACCCAGGAUUGUCGACUGUACUAGAAUCUGGGAGUGUGGGGAACGCUUCAUCAUCUGAUGAAGAGUUGGAGCAGUGGGAGCAGAUAUUUAUGAUGAGAGAUGAGAAUGGAAACAGUUAUAAUGAUAAAAGAAAAAAACGCAGCAUAUGGUGUCGUCCGUCCUGCAUUCCAGUGUCAAUAGUUAUUAUUCUAAUUGUAUUGGUUGUGUUGGUCCCACUCCUCGAUCAGCCCAACGUGGUGCAAACAACACCAGCAAGUGCUCCUGUUAGUUUGCAUUGCUCAGAUGAGUGUAGGUUAUCAUUAGUAGAAAGUAUACCAGAAGGUCACAUGUACCCUCCCAACAUAACACACCUACCCACGAAAAACGUGUGGUUAGAUUUAAUUGAUGAAGCUCAAACGUCUAUAGAAAUAGCGUCCUACUAUUGGUCGCUUAGAUUUAAUGAAGAAUAUCCUUAUAAUUCCUCUAUUGAGGGUGAACAAGUGUUCCAAGCUUUAUAUGCUGCUGGGUCAAAAAGACAUAUUAAUUUAAAAAUUGCUCAAAAUUGGCCCACUAAGUUAUACCCUAAUAUAGAUACUGAAUAUUUAGUUAAGAAGAAAGCAGCCCAGGUGCGGAGUUUAAACUUCUCAAAAUUAUUAGGAAAUGGAGUGCUACACACCAAGUUUUGGAUUAUUGACAGAACUCAUUUCUACAUCGGUAGCGCUAACAUGGAUUGGCGGUCGCUCACACAGGUGAAAGAGCUCGGUAUAGUUGCGUACAACUGCUCUUGCCUCGCCACAGACUUGGGGAAGGUGUUUGAUGUCUACUGGAGUUUGGGUACUCCAGACUCUGUGGUGCCGAACAGCUGGCCGGCAGAGCUCAGCACCGAUAUCAACAUUGAACACCCCAUCAACCUCACUGACACACAGCACAACUAUGGUGCCUUCAUUACCAGUUCUCCGCCACAGUUCAGUCCGACUGGUCGGACUAAUGAUGACAAUGCAAUUGUCUCCAUCAUCGAGUCGGCCGAGGAGUUUGUGUAUAUAUCUGUGAUGGAUUACGCGCCUGCACUCGAGUUUACACCUAAACUGAAAUUCUGGCCAAAGAUCGACGACGCGAUUCGCAAAGCGGCUCUGGAGCAUAAAGUUAAAGUGAAGAUGCUAAUCAGUUGGUGGAAGCAUUCGCGUCCGUCGGAAGACUAUUUCCUGCGCUCGCUCACUGCGCUCUCCAAGUCGUAUCCCAGGGUCGAUAUACAAGUGAAACGGUUUUUAGUACCGUCGUCGCCUGAACAAGACAAAAUACCAUACGCUCGAGUAAACCACAACAAAUACAUGGUAACAGAGCGCACUGCGUAUAUAGGCACCUCGAACUGGUCCGGUGAUUACUUCACUGACACAGCCGGGGUCGCGUUCGUUCUUCAAGAAGAUCCACACGGAACAUUCCAGAAUGUUUCACAAGAUAUAAGACGAGAACUACAAGAGGUGUUCGAGAGGGAUUGGACGUCCCCAUACGCAGUGCCACUAAUGAAGUUAUAGCGUUCCUUUAUUUAAUAUAUGAAAUAAAACUAAUAUGUAAUAUUGUAAAACUGCUAGUGGAACUCCAAUUGACUUUUAAGAUGUCUUUGCAGAAUCUAAUUAUUUCUCGUAUUUUGGGAAUUGACAAUUAUUAUUAAUAUUUAGUUAUAUUAAAAAUUUGUAUCUUACAAUAUAAUGUAUUGUAAUUCAAUUUUAUUUAACAAACUAUCGUUACCAAAAAUAUUU